AUGGAUGCGGAGUUCAAUGAAGAGCAUGUUCCUGAAGAAGUUGCAUCGCCAUGGGAAGAUGCAUACGCUCGACACUUAAAUCUGGUGCUAACCACGAUUAUAAUUAAGCGUGAGGAUUUUCGCGAGCUUUUUUCGAUGGAAGAAAUUGCUAUUGUAACGCAAUUCUUGUCCAACUUCAAGCCAUUUGAACAGCAAGUCUAUGCGCGUUUAUUGCAGCGUCAGGGCCCUUGGUUUAAGACCAUUUCUCUCUUUCGCUAUUUUGACCAAAGUGAACAGCCAAUUAAUAAUAGGAAGGUUCAGGAUUUGGUGCAUGGAUUAAUUGAUGCCGGAUUUCUGCAACAAUUUCCCAUCACAUCUAUGGCUAAGCAUCAGUCACCAAGCCGAGAGUCAGAUAUUGUGGAUGCCGCGUUAGGUGCCAUCAAAAGAUGUGCUACAGCAUCUGAAUUGGCUGCGCUGUAUUUCAAAAUGACGGGUGAUAAAAAACAUAUCCCCAAGACAGACCUCAUGGCUGCCGUUAAAAAGGUAGUAAAAACCCAACGACGUAUUAAUGGGUCUAGGAUUCCCGUAGCGGAGCUCAUGCAGCAGAUAUGGGUUAAGUCAUAUCCACUUAUUGGUAAAGAGAGCUCUGACGUGAUGGUGCUGAGAAUGACAGCUGCCAUACGGGAUUUAAUGAUGCGGAUACAUCGCCUCUUCUACUUUGUCUCUACACCUCCUUAUAACCCAAUGUCAUCAAUGCCUUCGCAGGUAGUAGACACGGGGCAGCUUAUUGCCUUGGCCACACAUAAGUUGAGAUACGAGCCGACGCAAUGGCCUGGACUGAUGGUCUUUUUCAAAAAGGUGGCCUAUCCAGACUAUCACAUACCUAGCAAUGAUGACUUCACGGCUAAAACUCUUCACUAUCAUCGUAUAUUUCCUUCGGCUGAGGCUUACGCAAGUUAUGAAGUGGCAUAUCAACUGCACCGAAUUAUGAAUGUUAUUGAACAGUGUUUACAGAUAGUGACACCUGACAAAGAAUUUAGAGAACCCGAUUUGGAACUCAAGUGGGUGUUAUCAGACGUUCCGCCAGCAUUUCUAGCGUUUCAGCGGCUAUUGACUAGCUGGCAAAUGCACAGCUGGGAGCUUUUUUACAACGACAUUGAAAAGUUACAGUCAUUGGAUGACUUUGUACUUGCAACUAGAAGCUGUUUGCAGGCUUAUAUGAAGUGGAUGAAAGCAGCCGCAUAUAGAACGUCAGGAAUUCCCAUCUUCUUCUCUAAGUGCAAUGCCGGUUAUCACUUGGUUCGAACAUUGCAUAUUGCGGUGGAUCUGUAUGAAAAAAUGCGAAAAUACCAAAUUGCUACCUUGUUACUAAACGACUUGCUGGCUGCGCCAUUCCUCGAUCGGAAACGCGGGUAUUGGUGGGAUCGUCUUGCUAUGAACCUAGAGCAUUUAAAAUGUAUCGAUCAAGCUCGAGACGCGUGCGCGAAUGCACUGGCGGAUCCGCUUGUUCUGGCGGCAGAUCGAAUUACACUUGAAAGACGUCGAUGUCGCUUGGAUCGUCAAGACGAACGAAAACGAGCCGAGUUAAAUUCUGCUGAUAAUCGUAUUCCGCAAAGUACUGGAAAUAGCAACCUUUCUCCAAGCAUUGACGUUGAUAAAGACGAUGAUGACAAUACUAUACGCCCUAAGAUGCACGAAUACCGAAAGAACCACAUUGUAGGUCGUCCCCUCAAUCGUCAAACGGGAGAAAAGUCGCGAUUUGUGGGAUACGAUGAUGAACCGUGCACUGUCGAACAAGUUGUUUUGCAAUAUUAUCGGGAUCAUCACCGCGAAACUGUCGAUGGAGAGGUUGAAGAGAUGUGGAGUGUCGGAGGAUGGUACGGUGUCCAUUCGGAAGGUUUGAUAUUUGGAAAUUUGUUUGGCAUCUUGAUGUGGGACAUUCUAUAUGCAAAUGUUCCGGAUGUAUUCCAGACACCGUUCCAGUCAGCACCUCUAGAUUUUGGAUAUGCGGGCAUUUUCUAUGAGACUCGGCGAGAUCUUAUCGAGCGUCGAUUAGAUCUAGUUGCGAAUGGCUGGACAAUCGAAGAAUUAUUGGUACUGUUUGUGACAAGAUGGAAUGCGGAAUUUGGAAAGGUGAGUCGCUUUGUUCGUUGGCCGAAUGAUGACGUACCAUCAUUGCAGUUUUAUUUGCUCGCAAUCAUAGCGAUAGGGCGACCGCAGCUUGUCAACUUACUGCGCUACAUGACUACUUCAAAAGAGUACCAUCAGGCUCAAAAUGGAUUGCCAGACUUAUUUCUGAUGCGAAUUGAGCUUUGCAAAGAUGUUGUGAUUUCAUGGCCAACUGAUAGCCAUGGCUGUUUGAACAUUUUCGCCUUUUGUGGUAUGGAUGAGGAGCUAAACUUGAACGAGAAGAUUCCCGCAGCGGCUGAUUCGCAAAACGCGGAGCGGUCUGACAUGACGGUAUCAGGAGACGACCUCGAACUGCAACCGCUACAGCACGUUCUCGAUCUAAUGAAGACCGAAAGUUUUGCUGCGCACGUAAAAGUCGUGGAAGUUAAAGGUCCUCGCGAUCGACUUAGUGACAAGCAAUUGCUUUGGCUUGAUGUUCUCAGUACACAAGUCGGACUUGAUGCCAGCGUUAUGCAUGUGGAGGAACCAGAGAAGAGAAACAAGCGCAAGGCUAAGGAGCGCGCCAAAGCAAGUGCAAAACCUGCAAAAAGUAAGCGGCGGAAGUCAUAG